ACCAACCGAACCGAACCGAACCGAACCAACCCGAACAACCGACCAACCGAACCGAACCAACCAACCGAACCACAACCAACCAACCGAAACCAACCCCAACAACCAACCGAACCAAACCCAACCAACCAACCAAAC